AGAGCAGGGGCCUCUCUGGGCUGCGGGCGUGGUGUAGCCCUGGUCGGCGGCCUCACUUCGGUGGUAGGAUCCUUCUUGGACGUCCCGCACCGUGUCCCGUGCUGCGGCCGUUUUCUUUUCUAUCUCUCUUCACAACUGUCCUGGGAGGCCUGCACCUUCCCGCUGGACAGCUCCCCCUUCCUGGUUUGCCCCAGAGUCUUGCCUCAUAGGAGGCCAUAGGCCUAGGAGGUUGGAGUAAGUUGCCCUCAUUCCAGCCGCCUUCACAAGUCAUUCACUCGGUGACACUGCUGCUGUGGCUGCCCCCGAGAUCUCGUGCAAAGAGGCUGAGACUUGCCACUCUUUGCCCUCACGAAAGUGAGGACCGAAGCUGUGUCAUCUUGGAUCAGUCACUUUCUUGCCCUUAGCCAUAAUCCUAAACUUCCAGCCUCCUUUAUUAGCUAGGAGAGGUGGAAGGUGUGUGUAGGAGUUGCUGGGCGCCUUUUAAAGCUGUAGGUAGGACUUUGAGGCCCAGCAGACAGUAGUGUCAAAGCACUGCAGCUUUCUCCCUCUCCAUGGAAAGAUGGGAUGGGGGGAUGCAGUCUAAUGAGGUAGGCAGGGUGGAGCGCAGUAUUGGCAGAGAAGGCUCUAGACACAGACUGCUCUUCUCAGUGGUCAGCUCUGCCAGUAUAACAGUCAAGAGCCUGGAUUCAGAGCUUCAGGCUGUAAAGUGGGGUGUCCAUUGCUGAUUCAUGGAGGAAGUGAGGGGUUGCUUAGGAACGGUGAUCAUCUUCUGGUCCAACAUAUGAGUCGUUCCCACUUUGGGCUCGGAUGGCGUCUGGGCGGCCAGAGGAACUGUGGGAAGCCGUCGUGGGGGCCGCCGAGCGCUUUCAGGCCCGCACUGGCACAGAGCUGGUAUUACUGACUGCAGCGCCACCGCCGCCGCCCCGCCCUGGACCCUGUGCCUAUGCCGCCCAUGGCCGCGGAGCCCUGGCAGAGGCGGCCCGACGCUGCCUCCACGACAUCGCACAGGCGCACAGGGCUGCCACUGCCACCCGACCUCCUGGUCCCCCACCAGCACCACAGCCGCCCAGCCCUGCUCCUAGUCCACCACCUCGGCCAGCCCUGGCCAGGGAGGAUGAGGAGGAAGAUGAGGACGAGCCCACUGAAACAGAGACAUCUGGGGAGCGGCUGGGCGGUAGCGAUAAUGGAGGUCUCUUCAUGAUGGAUGAGGAUGCCACCCUCCAGGACCUGCCCCCCUUCUGCGAGUCAGACCCGGAGAGCACAGACGACGGCAGCCUGAGCGAGGAGACGCCCGCCGGUCCCACAGCCUGUCCCCAGCCCCCGGCCACAGCCCUGCCUACCCAGCAGUAUGCCAAGUCUCUGCCCGUGUCGGUGCCAGUGUGGGCCUUCAAGGAGAAGAGGACAGAAGCCCGAUCGUCAGAUGAGGAGAAUGGCCCGCCCUCCUCGCCCGACCUAGACCGAAUAGCGGCCAGCAUGCGCGCGCUGGUGCUGCGGGAGGCUGAGGACACCCAGGUCUUCGGGGAUCUUCCGCGGCCGCGGCUCAAUACCAGCGACUUCCAGAAGCUGAAGCGGAAAUAUUAAGCGAACAGAAAGCCUUGGCCUGCGAGAGGCCACUGCCUCUCGGCCCAGCAAGAGAACAAUUCUUUCCGGGAUUGGCUGGCUCAGGUUGGGCGGGGCCGGUUCUAAACGCUCCAAGGGUCAACUCUGUUUCUUGCCUAGCAAACGAAGCUUUGCCCGCACAGCCUUGACUCGCGGCCCCAGGGCGGAGCCCAGCUGCGGGAGCUGCCGCUGCUCAGCCAGUGUCGGGAAGAGUUGCCCGCCAGCCUUCCAGAGUUCCCCUACCCGAUUGGUCCCGGCCUCCUGGGAGUGUGGCCAAGCCCUCCCUAACCCAGAAUUGGCCCGAGGCCUUUAAUUUCUUACACUACUAGGGCUGUUAAUCAAUUGUUUUUGUUUUUGUUGUUUUCUUUGCCUGAGUCCUGACAAUUGUAUCCCGGUUCCCCAGGGGACAGUCUGGGUCCCUCUCUGGUCUGACGCUCCCUAUAGGUUCCACCGCACGACAGCCUGUCCAUCAAAACUUGUCCUGUACCCAGGACAGUACCAGCUUCCUGUCCCCCGACCCUAACAGGUGCCUUAAAAGGCCCUCUCCCACCCAAGGUGGGGGGGCCAGGGGGGCCUCACUUUCCGGCCCUAGACUUGGGUGCGGGAGAGUGGGAUGGGGGUAGGGAGGGGCGCUCUGAGAUUAAAGUUUUACCUCUGACUAGUGA